AUGUCGAACCAUUACUCAGCAUUAUGCCAAUCAACUGAACGCACUCAACCAACCCGAAAGGUACUCUCACCACCACUCACUCCAUCAACUCAAUUUUUCCCCACAAAAUCUUCAACAUCAUCAUCAUCAUCAUCGUCAGCAUCAUCAUCAUCGUCAGCAUCAUCAUCAUCAUCAUCAUCAUCAUCAUCAUCACCAUCAUCAUCAUCACCAUCACCAUUAUUAGUUCUCCAUCCUUAACC